CUACAUUCUGAAAAGGACACAUUUAGCUCCUGCAUCCCUCUCUCCCAGACGGCGAUCUGGAACUCUGAGGUUUGCCCAUACUGUUUCUUCUCUCACGACACAACAGAACUACAGGUGCAGACGGGCACCCAGAGCCAAGGCUUGCCCUAUUGCCUUGAGACCACGCCAGUCAUGGAUAAAGUAAAUCCUGAAGCUGUUCCCAACCCACAACAAGAGAACAUGGAGGUGGUGCCACCGAAAGAGUUAAAAUGCCAGAAGUCUGCCAAAAACAUUCUGAUCUAUUUGAUUGGUAGGCAGAUGGGGAAGCCCAGAAAUAAUAUGGAUUUGUUUGAGUGGGCUUGGUCAGUAAAAUAAAGUCCUCCCUCCAGAAUAGAGUGGCCAUUACCAAAAUUCAUGUUUAGGUCUAAGAAGAAGCGGAAUAAGAAGCCACUCUCAUGUUUGACGCAUUAAACUAGUCUUCAUUGCAA